GAAAGGGGCGGGGCGUGCGGAGGUUCCGGGGCCCGCAGGCAGGUGCGCUCGGGAGAGGCCGGGUGAGCGCACGGCUGCACCGCGCCGGUCGCUGCUGCUCCGCGAUGCCUCCGCUCUGGGCGGUGCUGGCGCUCGGCUGCCUGCGGAUCGGCUCGACUGUUGACCUCCAACCCCAGCUGGCCAGCAUCGCCUUCGCCACCAACAACCCCACGCUCACCACGGUGGCCCUGGAAAAGCCCCUCUGCAUGUUUGACAGCACGGUGCCACUCAUGGGUAGCUACAAGGUUCUCCUCUACGUCAUGGCAGACUUGGCUGGCUCCAGGAACACUUCCAUACAGGACAGCAACAAGACCCCUCUGAGAGCCACAUUCCAGCAGACCAUGGGCGGGAGGACAGGUCCCUACCAGGCUGCCGCCUUUGACCUGACUCCUUGCAGUGACCUGCCCAGCCUGGACGCCGUCGGGGAUGUGAGCCAGGCCUUGGCGAUCCUGGACGCCUACCUGAUCAGGGUGGGGGACAACAGGACCUGCCUGUGGGACCCCAACUUCCGGGGCCUGUGCAACCCCCCUCUGGCCGCAGCCACAGCCUACAGCUGGGACACACAGGAUGCUGGAAGUCACCCUGGCUCUGUGUCCGUCCAGGUUCAAGUAUGCCCUGGUGAACGUGUCCACAGGCCUGGUGCAGGACGAGAGCCUGUGGUCAGACCCCAUCCGCACCAACCAGCCCACCCCCUUCGCGGCCAUCGACACGUGGCCCGGCAGGCGCAGCGGCGGCAUGAUCGUGAUCACCUCCAUCCUGGGCUCCCUGCCCUUCUUCCUGCUCGUGGGCUUCGCCGGCGCCAUCGCCCUCAGUUUCGUGGACGUGGGCAGCUCGGAUGGGGAGACCACAACCACACAUAACGCCCAGAUCACGCAGGAAGCUGUCCCCAAGCCCCUGGGGGCCUCAGAGCCGGCCUACGCAUCUGUGAACCUCGCGCCGCCCCUGGACAGGGCCGAAGUGUUCUCCAGCAGGCUGCAGGACUGAGCUGGGCUCCUCCCUGGGGCGGGCAGACGGGCGGGCGCGCUGGUCCAGCCGCGGGAAACUUGACCGGCCCAGAUGUGGAGUCCAGAAACGUGAAGGGAAUAAAUGGGUCAGUGAAGGGCUGGGUGA